AUUAAUUAAAAUAUAAAAGCUUAAUUAGGUUCACAAAUUAUUCGAACCAGGUAUAAGCAUAUUCGAACUUGGUUCGAUCGAUAAGUCGAGCUACAUGAAUUCGAGCUCGACUCGAUAAUAACCAAGCUGAAUUCGAAUUUUAUUUGAUUCGAAUCUGAAUAACUUGCGAGUACUAAUAUAUCAUUUACCUCUAGUCAUGUUAACCCUAACUCCCUCUUAAGGAAACCAACAGCCAAGUUGCUAACCCAGGCCAAGGUAGGAGAUUUCUUCAUUCGCAAGCAAACGCCAAGACCAGUAGCAGAAGUUGAAAAGUUCACUCCUUUAGCAGCAUAAAAACGUUACAUUUCCCCUGCAUAUCUCCUUCAAGCCACAACAGAAGAGAAAACACGAAGAAUAGAGCAACCUCAACCUUCUUUCCAAGUCAUUUGUCUUAGCAAAAUAUGAUUCCUUUUAUAUCUUUCUCAUCAAAAACAAAACAAAGCAAAGACAUUUACUUUGUUUUUAACCUUUAUAGUUUAAAAAGAAGUGCACUUUUUUCUUAGUUUUUUUAGCUAUAAACUAAUCCUAUGGACCCCAAAAUCGAACAGAGCUCGUUUGCAGCCAAGUCUAGUAUGAUUCAAAUCUUUUUUCUACUGUUUUGGUAUAUUCUUUAAGGCUAUAUUUUCUGUUCUUUUUGUGGAAAAAGCUUGUCGAAGUGAAACUUCUCACAAAAAUGUUGUUCUUUAUCGUUUUCCAUAGAAGCUAACUUGUUUUUUUAACUUGCAUUCUCAAUGGGUUUUUCCCCCAUGUUAGGAUGGCAUUCUGGCAACUAGGAUAUAACAUGAAAAAAAAUGCAUAGCUAUCAUUUUUUUUUCUUUUUUGGGUUACAAGUUACAACCUUGGUAGCUAUCUGAAACUGAGAGCUCUGAUACUGGUAACAAGAUAAAUGAAAAAGGAUAAGCCUGGAAAUGGGUUAAAACUUAAAGCAUAUGCUUAAUUGUUUCCGAAGUCAUUCUACUAUUGAGAAUGAACUUUUAAAUGAAAAUGUUCUAUCAUAGCCAGCAGGAGGCGCAUUGGCUUAGGUAGUGUACAAAAAUUUGGACACCCAAAAACAUCAAAGGCCUCUAUUUUUCUUGAGACAUUAGUUUUAAUGACAUGGUUAUCAUGUUUUUUUCAACCUCAUCGUUUACUGUCUUAAAUUCUUAAUUAGUCGAUGCUGUUAGAUUCUUGGUAAUAUAAUAGGUCAUUUAUAUGGUAAUGCAUAAUUUUGAUGUUGAGAACAGAUGCUUAUAUGAAGGGGUAUAAGAAGAGGAAGAGAAUCCUUAAAGAAGGAGAAAAUUGUGCUAGCUAUGCCUUUUCUGGGAACACGGAUUGGGAACAGAAAGAGAAGACAAAAAGAGAAGCAUCAAUAGUUGUUGAUUCUUUUGAUCCAUUUGCCAUCCCCAAUUUGUUCUGAGCUUUAGAUAUGAGUAAGUUUGGUAGUGUGACAGACGAAAUUGUGGCCCUUCGCGCUAUGAAGUUAAGACAGCUGAAUCAUAGUUCCCAAAUGAAUCCUACACGGUCAUUUCUGUGUUCAGAGGUGGAAAACACUAAGAGGAGGAAGAGAUUUUCUGAAUUUGACAGAACAACAGGACACUCAACCAGCAUAUCAGAAAGUCAUUAAUAAGCAGUUAUCUCCUCCUGUGCAUGCGGCUGUUGUUGAUCAGUGGUUUAAUCAUCAAACAAAUGAAACUUUCAGUGAUCAGUCAGCAACUCCGCCAGCACAAGAUAUAAUUCAUUUGGAGGAUGACCAUACUGGAAAUGAUGAUAAAAAAGUAACAAUCCCCAUUGUAAUCAUCGACUCAGAUGAUGAGGAUAAUAGGAUUGAGAGGCCUUCUCGUCAGUGCCAUAAAGGUUGAUAUUGAAGGUGAUAUGAGAAGAAAGCCUUCUGAAAGUGUUGAUCAGGUUACUUGUUGUUCAGAGAGAAAAGCCUCAGAAAAAGUGGAAACUGUCUUGAAUAUUGAUGUUUGGUCAUCUAAAUACUCAUACAUUGAAAUUGACAACAAUAUGAUGAUUAAAGAAGACAAUGAUCAGAUUGAUAUUGCAGAUGACAUGGGAAGCAAGCUUUCUGAAAGUGUUGAUCAGGUUACUAGUUGUUCAGAGAGAAAAACUUCAGAAGAAGUAGUGGAACUGCCCCUGAUAUUGAUGUUAGGUCAGCUAAAAACACAUACAUUGAAGCUGAUGAUAAUGUGAUGAUUAAAGAAGACAAUGAUCAGGU